AUGAGGCUUUACGAGCGAGGGAGCGGUGUCCUGUCCACGCACGUCUCCAUCGAUGACGUCAUAGAAAAACUUGCCGCUCUUUCUGAUGGCCACCGACCGCAGCUCGUUGGAGAGCCCCUGCUUCUUGGAGAAAUGGCCGUCAGUUCCUAGAAACACUCUUAUCGCGAAGGAUAUUUUAGGGUUUCGCUUCAAAAAUAGCGCUUAUCAACCUGAAGUGGCCGACGGAGAGACUCGAUUUGCCAUCGAGGGUCGUGCUCAAGGUAAUCAGCUUUGAAAGCUUUCUCAAAGUUGUGGCAGGUCCCUACUAUGAUCAGCCAUAUCGAAGGGUUAGAGCAAAUGAAAAAAGAAGGGAAAAUCGAAGGGGAAGCCGUCGAUCUUAAUGCUCUUCAAGAUACCGAGUCUCUCUAUAAAAAGGUUGGUUCGGAAAUUUCACAGCAGAUAUAUAAAAAUACGUUGCAGGUUCACAAUGUUGAAAUGGACUUCUACACAAGAAUUCAGAACAUGGAAAAAAGAGAUUUGAGCCUUUUAAAGGUAUCAGGAUAAAGAAACGAUUGCAAAAAAGAUUUGAGUUUUACGGUGGGCGCUUGUUCGACGAGGAGAACAGUUCCAAAGGCUUUCUUCUGUUGGAGUACAGAGAAAAUCUCAUCCAGCUGAGCUGCUGCGAUUUCAUUGACGAACCAACUUUCCUACAGGUCAGGUCAAUCGAGACAUCAUUCAGAUAUACCAUUUUCUUCAGAUUCUUCGGAACUUCGCCGCCCUCCAUUCUAUACAAAAGUUUUACUCUGAAGAAGAACAGAAGAUCAAAAGCCGCGGUUAUCUUUCGGAAAUUUACAAACCGAUGCUCGUUUCUGAUGUAGUUGUCUUUCAGGUAAUCCGUGAUAAAUUGUUUUCAGAUGACACUGAAACUAAUGGAAAUCUUGAAAAACUUCACAAAAGACGAAGAGCUCGUGGAGAAGGUGAGGAAAGAGGUUGAGAGGAUGACAACUGAGGAGGAGAUUGCGGCGCUCGACUCGACUUCUGAAAAGCUAGGUGAGAUCGAAGUAGCUUCUUCGAAGACUGAAGAAUAUGAGGCUGCAGGAAUGAAACGUGUUCCGGUUCAUGGAGAUGGAUGGCAGUGCAACAUGCUUUUCCGCCAAAAUUCCGAGGAAAUCGUCCAACUCGACGCCCUGAUUGACUUCCAGGUAUGUAGAGGCUGUUGAUGUUUUCUUACGGAAAGAAAAAGAACUUUAUCAAAAUUUUUCCUAACUAAAACUCAUGCACAAAAGAAAGAAAUUCAAUUUUUUUUCGUCAGCUACAGAAGAACAUCAAAGAUUAGUUAAUAAGAAGCGUUUAAGUGAAAUAAUUCCUUGCUCAAAAUUAUGAGAAACCAAAAAAAAAUAGCCUCAGUGAUUAUUAAGCAGUUUCACAGCGAGUUGAGACCGUUUCCUGGUAAAUCUUGAAAAUUUAAAAAGGUCUCAAAAAAAUUCACGAAAAAAACUGUUUUCUUUCAAAGAGACUUGCUUCGGAUGAUCUUUUAAGAUCCUUAAAAUGAAGUAGAGCAAAGGUGAAAGAAAGACGAAUUCCAGACGCUUCAUUACGGAAAUGCGGGCGCCGAGUUGGCCAAAGCCUUCUGUUCGCUUCUGGAUAAAGGGCACAUGACUGAAGUCCGCGAGAAGUACCUUCAGAUUUAUUACGGUUUUUUGGAGGACGAAGUGCAAGGAGAAAUGCCGUUCUCAUUGGAGCAGGUUUGUCGUUUGGCGGAAGACAAUCAGUCGGUUUUCAGCUUCGGGAAUCGUGUCGUCGGUUCCUGCCGCUGCUCGCAUAUCUGAGCGCCUGUCAGAAGGCCGCUCUCGUCGAUGUCCAACUUCAAAAGAAGGAGCCGCACCUCCGCGAGUCUUUCAGGGAACAAGUGCUGAAUAACGUGCGGACCUUGCUUCACUUUUGCACUGAUCCUUCGUUUAGUAGUUUCUGA